AUGCUGCCCGCCAGCUUACAGCGGCUCCUCGUCGGCCUCUGCUUUGUCACAUGCGUCGGCGCAGAUGCCGGAGAUGAUUUCUCCAACAACUUGUUCUCCGACCUGGCCCCCCUACUGGCCCUGUUUGGAGAGAGGGUCACCACGCAGUUCAUGAGCCAGUCUAUGGGUUGGGCCGACAACAUUGUCCUGGCCAUGGCCCCACUGGGCGUAAUCACCGCCAUCGUCGGUGCCAUCCGAGUCGGCGGCCCGUCGUGGCUCAAGGCUAUCAUCGGAAGGGCAAGGGAGAGCCGUGCCGUCGUUGAGGCCGAGCUGAUGUCCUCUACCUCGAAUGAAGUGUGUGAGCUCUGGAACGGCCAGCAAAUCGUCAGAGUAAUGGGAGAAGGGCCGAUUCGGGAAUUCAUCAUCCUAAUGCCCAAGGAGGAGGAGAUGCCGAUAAAGAAACUAACCGAUGCCGUUCUCUCCAAGCCAGGGAUUGCCACGGAUCCCAAUAGCUUCGACAAAUGGUACUAUUUGACAAAAUACAUUGUUUGCCUCCUGGUCAGGUGA